AUGGACCGCUCAAACAAGCCUGCCGCGAUCCCAGUCACUUCCUCCCUUCCUCAGCCCUCCGUCACCGUCGCCGACGGCAAUGUGGUGGCCUCGCUGCCGUCCGGGGAAUCGGUGGUAGUGAACCUCUUUGGGGCCACAGUCACCUCGUGGAAGCUUGCCAAUGGCCAUGAGCUGCUGUUCCUGAGCGAAAAGGCCGUUUUGGAUGGAUCGAAACCUAUUCGUGGUGGAAUUCCGCUGGUUUUCCCUGUUUUUGGGCCUCCGCCGAAGAAUCAUGCCACAUCUGCCCUGCCCCAACAUGGAUUUGUUCGGAACUCGUUCUGGGAAUUUCUCGGGAAGUCUACAUCCGAAUCGGAGAGUGGAGCUAGCGUCAAGCUUGACUUUGGGCUCUCGAACUCCAUGUUGACUGAUAAAUUUAAAAAUGACUGGGCAUACGAAUUUGGGCUGGUUUACAGUGUCACAUUGAGCAAACGAAGCUUGGAAACGUCGUUGCAGGUUCAGAACAAGGGGUCGAAGUCGUUCGAAUUCCAGACGUUGCUGCAUUCAUAUUUAGGGUUGAGGUACGGAAUGAUUGCGCAUCUACGGAAUCCCCAUCUGUAG